UUAGCAUCGUUUGAGAGCUAAAAUUUGAUUCAUUCUCUACUCAAAAUGAUUUGACAUUUCUAAGCUAAUUAGAGAUGAAGAAUUUUGCGCUUGCUCCAUUCAUGUUUGACGAUGCGCGCUUAAACGAGACUUGGCGGGCCAAUAUAAAUAUAUUCUGCAUCUGGAUGUUGUUGUUGGACAUUUUUCAUUCAACAACCGUAUCGACAACAGCCGUAACCGACAAUGAAAUUCGUGUUCAAACUGCUUUUGGAAUAUAAAAUAUCGAUUUCACAUUUGAAUGAUUUUUUUACCACCAGUUAUCAUCACUCGAAUAUAAUGUGAACUAGUGUAAUGGGUUUUACGAAGAAAAUUUGAUGGAAAACAAAGACUGGCCAUAAUCGACAAUUCGAAUUGGUUGGCUAGUCAUCAUCCAUUGUUUUUUGUUUUAUUCGUACCACGAAAUGAAUCACGAUUCAUCCAAUGAUACAGCAAACAAUAUUUUUUUACAGUUCUUUAUCGAUCGAUUGAAUUCAUAUCAAUCACAUGUGAAUUAUCUGCCCAUCAUAGGUCAAUCAAUCGAUCACAUUAAAUAUAAUCAUAAUGAACAACAACAACAACAAAAUGUAUCAUCAUCAUCAUCACCAUCAUCAGCAAUAUCGACUGAACGGAUUAUAUUGGAUCAAAUUGUACGUGAUAUGGAAACACAAUCCGAUGGCCCACUAUUCAAUAACAAUUUCAUAACAACAGUUUUUCCAUCUACAUUGAAUUAUUCAUCGAUAGUGUCAUCUUCAUCCACUGUUGUCAAACAAUUGAUUUAUGAUAAUAAUAAUAAUCAAGAUGUUGCGGUGUCCAUGGCCUCUACGCCGCCAACAACCGAACCAAUCUGGGAUCCGGAUCUGGUUGCCGAUCCACUUUGGACCACAAUACCGAUGACAAUUCUAUAUGUGUUGAUAUUGGUCACCGGUGUGAUAGGAAAUGUCCUAACCUGUGUGGUGAUCGCACGAAAUCGUUAUAUGCAUACGGCUACAAAUUAUUAUCUAUUUUCAUUGGCCAUUUCUGAUCUUUUGUUAUUGGUUCUAGGAUUACCCCAGGAAAUCUAUCAAAUCUGGUAUCGUUAUCCAUACGUAUUCGGUGAAGCGUUUUGUAUACUGAGAGGUUUUUCCUCCGAAGCAUCUACAAAUUCAUCUGUAUUGACCAUAACAGCAUUCACAAUGGAACGUUAUAUUGCCAUAUGUCAUCCAUUACGUGCACAUACAAUGUCUAAACUUUCACGUGCAAUCAAAUUGAUUGUCAUUAUAUGGAUGCUUGGAUUUUUAUGUGCCGCUCCGAUUGCCUAUCAAUUUGGCAUCGUUUUUGAUUAUUUAAAUGGCCAAAUACCAAUACAACAAUCGGCUGCGUGUAAUAUAAAACGACCAGUUCCAUAUCUAGAGGAACACAUUUUUGCCUUAUCUUCGUUGAUUGUGUUCGUUCUUCCUGUCACAUGGAUCACUGUUUUGUACAUAUUGAUUGGAAUUAAACUGAGACAGAGCUCAAAAAAUGCAAAUCCCGAUAUGGCCCGUUUACGUCGUCGUCCAAUAAAACGUUUGCGUGCAGUAAGUCUUAGUAAACGAUUCAUUCAUUUAGCAUCAGCUGCUGAUGCCGCCACCGCCACCACAACAGCGGACAACAUUUCAAUCGAAAUUGAUCAAUCAUCCAACAAAGAGCAAGCAAAAGAAUGUAAGAAAAAUUCCAACAAAUUCAAACAGGGUAAAUGUAGACCGAUGCCAUUAAUCAAAGACAUGAAUGAAUCAAUGUCAUCAUCAUCUUCGAAUCAACCAAAUGCUGGCGAUGAAACAACAAAAGGGUCAGAGGUCAUUAAAUGUUAUAGUCAUGUACAACAAUCAUUCUUAUCAUCAUCAACACCAUCAUCACCGCUAGUGAUUACACCGACAACGAUUGGACAGCCAAAUAAAUCAUUACGACGACAAAAAAUUGCUAAAUUCAAGUCUUCAAGCACAAUAUCUAAUUCAUCAACAUCCAGUAGUAAUUCGUUAGCACAACGAAGAGCUGUCAUCAAAAUGCUGACUGCCGUUGUCGUGGCAUUUUUCAUAUGUUUCGCUCCAUUUCAUGCACAACGUUUGAUGGCAAUCUAUGUGAAAAAUCCAUCCGAUUAUGAGACGAUUGCAUUCACAUUGUUAACUUAUAUUUCUGGUGUGACAUAUUAUCUAAGUGCGACAAUCAAUCCCAUAUUAUAUUCAAUCAUGUCCGUACGAUUUCGUCAGGCAUUUCAUGAUACAUUCGUAAGGACAUUUUGUCCAUCUGUUUUCAAUCAAUUCGACCAUCGUGGAACAACACGACAGAUGUAUUGUUCAACUUAUAGUCAUCACCAUCAGCAGCAACACAUGUCAAGUGGUAAAUUGAUGAAUGUUCGUGAAAAAACAAUCAUUAAUCGUCAUGAUCAAUCAAUAACCGGAAAACAAACAGCAACGACAACAACAAUACCAAAGAAUGGAAUGACACAAAUUGACGAACAUUGUUCUGCUGAUAAUAAAAAUAUUUAUCGAACAAAUGAAAAUGAAAACGGCUGAUAUGAUGAUUCAUUUUAUCAUCAUUGUCAUUAUUGUAUACAGUCACUGACAUAAAUUUCGCUUCAAUUUUCGGAAAAAAUUUCUGUAAAUUUUCUCUCCUCUUUUUUGAUUAAACUUUUUUUUCACCUC